AUGGUUCAGACAUCCCAUCUGCUCUCGUUAAGCCUUGCCGUGGCCCUGUAUGCCACUGGCGUCCAAGGCGAUGGCAUCGGCCUCAUAGGCUGGGGCAAGACACUCUACGAUCCGACCUGUCCCUUCGCCUGUCGCAGCGUCAUUAGAAAACAACAGCUUUCUUGUACUCCUGUUGACUCGACUGAGAACCACGGCACAGCACAUAACCCUGUCACCACACCACCUGACUGCUUCGUCAAAGACCACGCCUUCCUUCUCACCAUGGCCCUCUGCAUCGACACAUAUUGCCCUCUAAGCGACAACCCACCGAUGAGCAAGCUGGAAGAUUACUGGGCCUCUCAUCUGGCAACAGGAACACUCGGGAACUAUAAAUAUGUCCCCGUCAUGUCGUAUCAAGAGGCACUUGCCGCCGCCCGGAAGGACGAGUCCCGCGCCGCUCAGAACGGCAACUCCUCGUCUUCUGGAGGAGAAGAGCACACUACUCAUCAGAGGCAGGCGAGGGCAAAAAGUCUCAAGAUCCGUCAACACAGUUCCGGCACGCACUCCGAGGUUCCUGAUGGCCUGGUCACUUACAACGUCUCCAGCCCCUUGCCCAAGGCAGCCGGCGGCUCGAAACCGCUCAACGUGACCAGCUUUGUCGGUCCCUCUGAGUGGCAGUUGCAAUGGAACUACCUACACGACUUCGAAGUAAACGAAGCGGGUCAUUCUACCGUGACCAUUGUCAUCACCAUUGUCGCCGUCUUUCUCCCGGUUGCACUUUCCCUGCUACGUUUCAUUCCCGGAUUCACAAAGAGCUAUGCUUGGGCAUUCUGGCAGUCCUUGCUGAUUCAUCCAGCUGUCUUCGGUCGUCGUCACCGAGAGCCCGCCGCUGGCAUUGGCAAUAUCCCAACGCGCGGGCAGGCCUUGUAUAUUUGCCUGAUCAGCAUCCUCAAUAUCCUCCUCUGGCUUGGCCCUUACACGAUACACCAGCCUCAAGCCAGCUUUACCUCCCUGAAGAUGCAGAGCAUCAGCAUCAUUGGGAACCGUGCUGGUGUGAUGGCUAUGGGAAACGCCGUGGCUCUCUUUCUUUUCGCCGCCCGCAACAGCGUUUUACUUCAUGUCACAGACUGGAGCUACAGCACUUACCUCCUCCUUCACCGUUGGUUGGGAUAUUGGACUAUUUUUCACACCAUCGUACACUCUUCCAUGCUACUGGCCAACUAUAUCUUGCAGGGAACCUACGAAGAUGAGCUACUUCGCAAGUACUGGAUCUGGGGGAUUGUUGGCACCGUCGCCGCAAGCGCGAUCCUUCCGUUCUCUCUGUUGUGGGUGCGACAGCGCUUCUACGAGUUCUUCCUCGCUUCUCACAUCGUUCUCUCUCUACUUUUCAUCAUUGGCUACUACUAUCACAUCUGGUACGUCUACGAGUACAACUGGGGUUACGAGAUUUGGAUUUUCAUCGCCGGCGGUAUCUGGGGCGCCGACCGUCUUUUUCGCCUUGUCCGUACCUUUUUGCAAGGUCUUCAAUGGGCUACUGUAACCAUGGUUGAUGACGCCGAUGGCGAAUACAUCCGUAUCCUAGUGGAGGGUAAGUCUUUCGACAGCGGCGUCUUCUAUCUUGGCUUCCCGACCCUCACUUGGAAAUUCUGGGAGACUCAUCCCUUCUCCGUCGCCCACUCCGGGUCAGGCAUCAUCAAUACCCGGCCCCAGGCUCAGUCUCUUGCAGUCUCAACUCCUAACCGGGAUGACAAAUUGACCUCAACGCCACUGGCUACGGAAACCGAUCCGGAAAAGGCUACCAGCGCCUCCCAGAAUUCAGAUGGCAGCGAUGCACCGGAAAACAUCAAUGCCACAGUCUUCUACUCCCGAACUCGCAGCGGCAUCACUAAAGCUCUAGCCACAAAGGCAUCGCCUUCUGUCCGGGUCCGCGUACUUCUGGAAGGUCCCUACCAUCACUCAGGUCACACAACUCCCCAGCUCGCCCACUGCAAAGAUAUGAUAUGCAUCGCUGGCGGCGUCGGAAUCACAGCUUGCCUACCUUUUGUUCGCCAUAGCUCAGUCUCUGGCAGGGUCAAACUAUUUUGGUCCAGCCGGCAGCAAGGUCUCGUCACAGCUCUCGCGCCUGUGCUCAAUGGCCUUCCCAGCAGUGUCCUUGUCGAGACUGUUGUGGGGGAGAGGCUGAAGUUGGAAACUAUACUCGCCAAGGAGAUGAUUCCAGCAUCCGGUGGUCCUCUGGCUAUCAUCGUCUGCGGACCACCGAGCAUGGCGGAUGAUGUGCGCAAGACGGUUGUUGAUUUGGCGAGGGCAGAUUCCAUCAGCAGGCCGUAUGUUCUGGUGGACGAGGCGUUUGCAUGGUGA